AAAUUUAAGAAGAUCAACAACCACUAUCUGUGUGUGCAUGCUGUUUUGUCGUUUGUGUAGAGGGGACAUACCAUGGAUUAAAGGGGAGAUAUCAUGGCAGGACAUAUUCAUGAAAUGUAUCGGAUGGCACGAUAAACAGGCGUUAGAAGGGUCAGGAUUUGGCCGUGUGUGUGGUUUAAAGGGCCGGUGCUGAUUAUGCUGCUUUCAUGACCUUGGAAGCGCAGCUCUUGGAGGAGAAAAACACGGAUUAACCAUAGGGUGUGUACAAUGUUGGAUAUUGCGACUAUCUUGAAAGCCAAACUUGUAAAAUGAUCCGACAUGUCAUCUGGACUGUCAUUGUGAAAGUCUACAGUCCUCUGCAUUCAUGUUAUUGGGAGGCCUCUGUGCUGUCUGCAUGCUAGCUCUCCUGCAGUCACGGUUCCGGAGCUUCAUCAGUGUUAUUGUGGGUAUAACAUUAAUUAUGGGUUUUAAUUUAGUAUGAUUUCAACGUUGGGUGAUUUGACUAUGGGUAUGGAUGUGCCUCGACGUGCUGACAUCUGACAUGAUGUGUUCAAUUCCUCAGCCUUGGAUCCGGCAUAUUGUGGUCUAUUUGCAUUUUUCUCCUAGCCUAACUGUUGGGUUUAAUAAUGUGGUUUUCUGAAUGCAAAAUUAACGUCCUGAUAAUAUUCCAGGGUGUGCUUGUUAAGUGGCAAGGCGUUAUCUCUGAUAUGCAAAGUAAAGGCUGCGUUAAAGGGUUCAAUAUAUAGUGUGUAACUUUGAAUAUUCGAUACACACAGCUUUCAGUCAUGUUCCAGCAUUGCCUAUAAGUUAUUCAGAUGCAAGUGGGUACAUCUUGUAUAAUGCUUACUCGUUGCUGCAUGUGUCAAUGCGGACCUCAGGGAGAGUCCCUCUUUGCGCUAUAAUAAAACCCCUGACUAUAAAUCAUAUCAUUGAUGUUUGGACUUUUUUUAUUGAGUUUUAGGUUACUAGGUUAAAUUGUCUUUUUCAUUGUGUUAAAAAUAGCAUAGUCUAAGACUGACAUGUUUUAAUUGUAACAUGAGACAUCUUUGCGGUAUAAUAAACCGGCUCAGGUGCGUCAUUUCCCACUGCGUAAAAAGGGGCGAAGUGUGCCAUUUGGUUGAAGUCGGUAUAUUUUAUUAUAACAGCUCUGUUGUCGCGUGUGUCGAAGUGCCUGGGUCACCCUGCCUUGCUUGAAGGACAGCUGUAUUAACUGACGUAUGUAAAUGAAUAUAGGGGAGGUCCUUGGGUGAAAAACACACACACUGAAUCAGUUUGCAACUCCGGAGUUCCUGCGUGGAAGGAAAAAACGGGACGUGGCGAAAUCUGCUCAGCAAACCAUGCAGGAUGAUUUACUGAUGGACAAAAACAAAGCCCAGCCUCACCAUCAGCAAGACCCGACGCAAGUAGACCCUCCUCCCUCAACCCCGACCCCGUCAUCGGAGCCCACUUCUUCUUCAUCGGAGUCGGAGAGCCCGUCUUCGGCUUCAGUGCUGAACAGCAGGGACAAGAUGCCGAUGGAGUCGCCGAUCCUGCCCGGGUUGAGCUAUCACCACCAGCCGCAGUCUGAGACCGGCGGCCCCCUGUCUUCCCCGUCCUCCUCGUACGGGAGCACUUGGUCCACGGGAACCACUAACUCCGCCGUGGACGACAGCUUUUUCCAGGGAAUACCCUCGGUGAACGGGACGAUGCUUUUCCAGAACUUCCCCCAUCAUGUCAACCCGGUGUUCGGGGGGAAUUUCUCCCCGCAUAUGGGUCUGGCUCCCCAGUCCCAGCAGCACCAACAGCAAGCCCAGCAGCAGCAGCAGCAGCAGCAGCAGCAGCCGCCGCAGCAGCCCCCCCAGCAGAGGAGAUCCCCUGUCAGCCCCAACCAAGGCCCCUUCCCCCAGAGAAACGCUUAUCAGACCAUUAUGAAUAACAGCAAAGUGUCGUCGUCCUCUUCUGGUUCGUCGUCCGCUUGGAAUAAUCACCAAAACGCGGCUUGGAGCACAGCCUCCAACCCGUGGAGCGGGCUGCAGGCGGGCAGGGACCCGCGCAGAGCGGUGGGUGUCGGGGUUGGAGUCGGUGUCGGGGUGCCCUCUCCCCUGAACCCCAUCUCCCCCAUGAAAAAGCCCUAUAGCAGCAACGUUAUAGCACCACCCAAGUUCCCAAGACCCGGUCCCCUCACCCCAAAGCCUUGGAUGGAGGACAGCGCCUUCAGGACUGACAACAGCAACAACAUACUGCCUUUCCAGGACCGGAAUCGGCCCUUUGAUGCUUUUAGCUUGCACUCUUUGGAGAAUUCCUUAAUGGAUAUGAUAAGGACUGACCAUGACAAAGGUAAACCACACCCUGCCGGUGGCCCACCAAUGACUAUCGCUGAUAUUAUAUGGAGGAAUCAUUUUGCAGGUUAGGAAUAUUCAUAAUGC